AUGGAGAAGAAUUAUCCACCAAUUGCAGGAAAAGAAAAAGGACCAGGGCCUGGUCAUUAUGGGCUUCCUCCCACCAUUGGAUUUAUUGGUCAUGACUUUACGAAACCAACAAGUCCAGCAUAUUCCUUCCAUGGUCGAAUGAGUAGCAAUAUGUACUCCGUUGACUCUAGUCCUGGGCCCAUGUAUCAUAUCAGUGCCAAAAUGACUAGAUUUGGGAAAGAUGGAACACCUGCAUUUUCAAUGUUCAGCAGAAUGAAAGCCCAAAGUAAGUGAAAUUUUGAUUGUUAUUGCAGUUACUACAACUGAUAAUAAUAAUUAAACUACAAAAUGAUUAUGUUAUACAUAACAGAGGACCUUCUGCAGACCCCAGGCCCAGGCACAUACAGCCCUGAAAAAGUCCCACCAUGUAACCUUCAGCGCCGCCCCCCUCACUACACCAUGGGCUCUCGCACACUGUACCGCACUGUGGAUGCAGUACCUGCCCCUAAUAAGUACUGCCUACCGCCACUUAUGGGCCCCCAAGUUCCAAACAAGCCAGCCAGCGCAUGUUAUACCAUGUCUGCAACUUAUCCCUCUGGAGGACCAGCUGUGGACCUGGCAAAGACCCCAGGACCAUGUGGGUACAACAGCACAGAUCCAAAUGUUUACCUGCCUCGUCAGCCAGCAUUUUCUAUUCUGGGGCGUCACACUUUACCAAAGGAUCACACCAGGAAACCAGGUCCUGGAACAUAUAACCCAGAAACUGUGACAGUCCACAAAGCCCGGGCUCCUGCAUACUCCUUAGGCAUGAGGCACUCUGAAUUCAUCACACCACUCGUCAUACAUUUACCUGAUUGA